GGAGGAGCUUGACUCUGAGAAGGUUAAAACCGGGAGCCCCGGCAGAAUGACCCGCACUGAGUAAGAGCCCGUCCUCUGUUGGGCUGUUUGAUGCGUCCCGAGAGAAGAACAAAGGAGAAACAUCCGAGAAACCUCCUGAAGAGGACCGGAAACCCUCUCAGCGCACCUGCUCAGAGUAUCAUGAUGAUUAAGCCAUACAUGAGACAAGCCGAGGGAGAGGAGGCGAUCAGCACGCUGCAGUGGAUGGAAGGAGACAUGAGCUCACCUGAAGGAGAUGCUUUAUUCUCAUCACAUCACUACAAAGACACAGGGGUGAGCCAGCAGGCCAAAGAAAUGGGAAGUGAGGAUGCAGAGGAAGAUGAAGAGGAAGGAGACGACGGACAGGAGGAUGAAAACGGAUCCAAGCGCAGAGGACCCAAGAAAAAGCGAAUGACCAAAGCCCGGCAGGAGCGUUUCCGUGCGAGGCGCGUAAAAGCUAACGCCAGAGAGCGCUCUCGCAUGCAUGGACUGAAUGAUGCACUGGAGAACUUGCGCAGCAUCAUGCCCUGCUAUUCCAAAACCCAAAAGUUAUCCAAGAUUGAGACACUGCGGCUGGCUCGCAACUACAUCUGUGCUCUGUCUGAGGCGCUGGAGGGGGGGCUCUCCACGGAGAGCAGAGUUUUCAUGGAGACGCUUUGUAAGGGUCUCUCACAGCCCACAUCCAACUUGGUUGCUGGCUGCUUACAGCUGGGGCCAGCUGUUGGCGUGAGACCUGAAGACAGACAUGGGGCUCAGCCGCCACACAAUCCUCUCAGCAGCAUGGCAAACUUCGCCUCUCCAGGGCUGCCGAGCCCCCCUUAUGGCACCUUUGAUUCAGCUCACAUGCUUCACCUGAGGGCCAUGAAGGGGAGACAGUUUGAGAGUCAUUCACCACAUGAGUAUAAUGAUGGGGGUGUGGGAACCCCCCCAUACGAUGGUCCUCCUACACCACCUCUAAGCAUCAGUAGCAACCUGGUUCCAAAGCAGGAGCCUUCACCUCACUACCCACCAUCACAUCCCUACUCCCCCUCUGGGGCUGACCAAAUGGUCUAUCAGACUCACACCCGCUAUGACGGACACUUAGAUGGACAAUAUGACUCCUACCAGCCUCCCCAGAUCACCCCCCGACAGAUGACCAACGUCUACAGAGACCAAUGAGGGCGGGAGUUGAGUGUGCUGCAGCCAAGACUAUCUGACUAUGAAAGUUCAUACAUUUUGGUGGAGAAUUUUUGUUGGCUCAAAAACCAAAACACAUCAUUUAGAAAACUAUAAAUCUGACUGCAGGCACACGUGUGUUGCAUUUACACAAUAGAAUAACAUGGUCUAUCAUUGUUAGUGUGCAAAAAAAAACCCUAACUUAAAUCAACACAUUAUCCCAAAAAUGAUUACCGAAUGAAUCGGGGACCAAAAUGUUUAACUGGGAUGUUUCUUUGUAGCUAUUUACUCAAAAAUGAGCACUUCUAAUUUAGUUUUGAUAAUGUAUUUUUAUUUAUUCUUUAAUUUAAUUCAGUAUGUACAUAGUUUGUUCUGAAAUGUUUUCAACAUAUAUCUUGUUCAGGACUUUGCUGUUCUUUUCACCUGUUUUUUCUGUGUUCGGAGCCCUUUGUUGCAUUAAUUUCUGUCUUUACACACAAACACCUUAAGAUUUGUUUGCAUCAUCAAGUUGAUAUUUUGUCGAUCUUAAAAUAAUAAAAAGAAUGAACAGGAAAUUUAAACGUGGAACAAAGAUAAGGAAUUAGAAAUGAGCGUGUUAGAUAUGAUGUGUAGAACCAUUUUUGCAUAGUUGACUGUCUUAAAAAAUAUUUAUUUGUUUUGGAAAAAGACAAAGUAAAAUAAAUAUAAACUGAAUGAA